GCGUUCACUAAGCAUAAAACAACCGCAUAUAUCACAUCAGGCAGGUCUGUAGAAGACAUGGUUUAUGAUCGUCUUAAUCCAUCGCAUUCGUACAUUGUUGAUUUAUCUGCUGGUACUUGGGAAAAACACAUGGAGCAAGAAGAUCUCAAGGAAAUAUCGUCUUCCUAUGAUAAUGCCUUGAAUAAACCAUUGCCUAAUAAUUUGAAAGAAAUAUUGUGCAAAUUGAACAAGAAAUAUUGUUCUAGUGAUAUUUAUGAUGAAUUUAGUACGAUUGCUGCGCACCCGGUCAAAGACCCAGAGGUGUUCUGGUUAAAGCAUGCCAUUAUUGACUUUGUCUUAUUAUUCAUGGAUCAAAAUGAUGCCACGUUGAAGAUGCCUUUAACAGAGCAGGAUCUUUUGGAAGAUAUUUGAGACUUCAUUAAGAAAUCAAAGAGAUUAAGCGAAACAGCCUAUGUGACAGGUAUUGAAAGCCGUGCUUCUUCCAAGCAUAGAAACAGUAUGCGAAUGAUUGGCAGCAUAAACCAGGAAGAAAGAAAGGCUUCUGGCGAACAUGCAGAUCUCUGCUUCUACUACGGUUUUAAUGAGCUCGCAUGCCUUGAGCUCGGACUUGUCGAUAGUGGUUCUCAUGGCACAAAGGAGCUAAAAGAAGCAGGCAUAAAAUGCCAAUAAUGACGAAGAACUUCGCUCUUGAAAUAUCGCGACAGUACGCUAUCAACAUGAGCAGUAUUAAAAUUGUUGGCUUCGUAAUUAGC